CUAAAUUCCGGUAGCCGAAGCGUACAUCGCUAAAACUGCCGUGACGACCCCAUGUGAUUUGUUCGCGUUUCUGUGCAUGCUAUUGGGUCUAAAGACUGUCUCGCAAACUUUUCAGCGCUUCAUCGACCAAGUUUUCGUGGCCUACAGGUUUUGCUUAUGUCUAUCUCGACGACAUCUUGAUAGCGAACUCCUCACACGAGGAGCACUUGCGCCACGUUCAAAUGCCUUUGAUCGUUUAUUUCAACACGGGAUAACAAUCAACGCAGAAAAGUGUUCGUUUGGUGUCGGUUCGGUCAGUUUUCUCGGCUACCAUAUCUCUCCUGCAGGCGUCGUGCUAUUACAGGAUAAAAUUAAGGCCAUCAUCGACUACCCCGAGCCUCACUCUUUCAAACAGCUAAGACGGUCUGAUGGUGCCGCCAAAUUUUAUCGCCGUUUCAUACCUAGUUGCGCUUCGCUUAUGCAACCCCUCAUGGAUCUUCUCCGGGAGGAA